AUGUCGGCAGCAUGGCCGUGGGUGAUCCUGGGCCGCGUCCCUCGCGUCGUCCCCAUUCCCAACGACGCGGCGGCGGCGGCGGCAUUCCGUGCCGCGGACUUCUCCAUCCGGGUCGCGCUGCCGCCGCAGGCCACUGUCCUCACCGUGGCCCCGCUCGCCCACCCCGACCCCAACGACCCCGACAAGUACCCCUACAUCCUCGCCGCCGGCACCGACUGCCUCCUCCUCAACUUCGCCGUCGAGCCCUUCCACGGCGUGGACCCCGCGGCCGACCCGCACGAGACCUACCUCAUCGUGGCGCGCCGCUUCCGCACGGCCCGCGGCGUCCAGCAGGGCCACGCCGCCGCGCCCGACGGCGAACGCAUCCCCGGCCGCCGCGACGGGGGCAUGCCCGUCAACUACAGCGUCGGGAGCGUCGGCCUCGUCGCCUCCUACGACGGCGACUACACGGUCGCCGAGCUCGAGGUCGACAAGGGCGGCGAGCGCGCCAGGCUCUUCCGCUUCCGCGCGGGCGGCGACCGGUGGACCCAGAACGACCUGAGCUGCCCCUUGCCCGCGGAGGGCAGGGAGUGGGCUCCCGCCGGCGUGGUCGCCCAGAAGAAGACGCUCUGGUGGUUCGACCUCUCGUGGGGGCUCCUCAGCUGCGACGCCUUCGUCGCGGACCCGGUGCUGCUCUUCCACAAACUCCCGGAGGACCGCGCUCUGGGCAUGGCCAGGCCUGACAUCCACACCCACCGGUGCGUCACGGUGAGCCGCCGCGAGCUGCGGUAUGUCGAGAUCAUCCCCGAGGACGGCGGCGACGGCCACGACAAGGAAGCAGCGACGGUGUCCAUGUGGACGCGGCGGAUGGCCACUCCGGCUGGGUGGGAGUGGGACAAGAAGUACUCGAUGAGAUUCAAGGAGCUCUGGGACGACGACACCUACAAGGACACCGGACUGCCGAGGAAGGUCCCCGUGCUCUCAGCUGUGUGCCCGUCGAACCCCGAUCUGGUCUACUUCGCCCUCGAGCAGCGCCUCUUCGGCGUCGACCUGCCCGUGCACAAAGUCGUGGAGGCCGCCGACGAGGCCCACGAGCUGGUGAACAUGCCCUGGCCGGCACCUGCCUCCUGCCGCUAUGUCCACGCUUGGAACCUGCCACCUUGGGUUGCCAGAGAUCUUGAUCUGGUGCGCUUCAGUAGCUCUGAUGAAGAUGAAGAUCAGACAGAGGAACUGGAUGAGGAGGAGCUGGUCAAACUGGGUAUGGAAGCCGCCAUGAGGAUGGAUCCCUCGACCCUAAAAUCAGAGGUGGACAACUUCUACGACUACGAGGGUCCCCCAAGCCCAGAGAGGGAGGUGAUGAGGCAAAUGAGGGGGCCCUUUAGCUUCUGGCUCACGAGCGAAGAAGCUGAUGCAGACUUGAUGGAAGUUCACCGUCGUAUUAUGAAAAAACGUCGUCGAGAAGAGUGAAGGAAGGGAUAUGAAGCAAAGAUUAUGGAUAACUUUGUCCAAGUUGAUCUUACCUAUAAUCUGUUGAACAUUAGUUUGAACUACCCUCAAAUAAUAUCUACAAAAAAGUGUCUCCUUCUGUCUGAAUAACUAAAACCUUCCCUUGUUUGUGCAGGUCAUGACUGAAUGACUGAAUGUGCGCCGUUAAAUGGUUUUAUAAUUCUGGGGUGGGGUUGGGGAGGUACUACUUGAAUGUUAUUUCGAUCAUUUUCACUCUUGCUCUCAGAAGAAAAUUGCUACAAGAUUUAUUCAUUUUCCACUUCUUGGUUUCUCAUAUAGGAAUUGCUUCAAGAUUCAGAUAAUUAUACUUUGUAUCUUAAACAGAAGAUGCUUGUUCUGGAAACGUCAGUUCUUAGACAGAAACUUCUCCAAGAUUUAGUCAUUUUUGACUUCUUUGUCUCUCUGAUAGAAAUUGCUAGGAUUUUAAAUAACUUUUAGUUUUAGUCUUAAACAGAAGAUGCUUUGUUCGUAGAUGUAAACUGCUCCAAAUUUUGU